UCUAACAUUCUCUUAUAAAUUUCAUACUAUGCGACGCUUCUUGGCCCUUUUCUUCGAAAGCUCACGCCCCAUUUCCUCCGCCUCCGCUUCUGCCUGUGCCUCUGCCUCCGCCUCCGCCUCCGCCUCCGCCUCUGCCUCUGCCUCUGCCUCUGCCUCUGCCUCUCUUACAUUUUCCAAAACUAUCACCACCAACUCAGCCUCUGCCUCUGCCUCUCUUACAUUUUCCAAAACUAUCACCACCAACUCAGCCUCUUCUGGUGCCAUGGCCGGGCUGGAGCCCCUACGCACGCGCGUCUGCAUAGUAGGGUGCGGCCCGGCGGCCCACACGGCGGCGAUAUACUCUGCCCGAGCCGAGCUCAAGCCCCUCCUCUUCGAGGGGUGGAUGGCCAACGGAAUCGCCCCUGGCGGCCAGCUCACCACCACCUCAGAAGUCGAGAACUUCCCCGGUUUCCCAGAGGGCAUCUCGGGCCUCGACUUGACUGACAAAUUUAGGGCUCAGAGCGUUCGGUUCGGAACGACUAUAUUCACCGAGACGAUCGAGAAGAUGGACCUCGAGACCCACCCCUUCCGGCUCUACUCGGAGUCCAAGGUGGUCGAGGCUGAUUCGGUGAUUAUUGCCACCGGAGCAGUGGCAAAGAGGCUGGAUUUCCCUGGUUCGGGUGAGAAUGGUGGGUUUUGGAAUCGGGGGAUAUCCGCGUGUGCGGUUUGCGAUGGGGCGGCUCCGAUAUUCCGGAACAAACCGUUGGUGGUCAUCGGUGGUGGGGAUUCGGCAAUGGAGGAAGCCACAUUUUUGACCAAGUAUGGAUCUACAGUUUAUAUCAUCCAUAGGAGGGAUGAAUUUAGGGCCUCUAAGAUUAUGCAGGCUAGGGCAUUGGGGAACCCUAAAAUUGAGGUGAUUUGGAAUUCAGAGGUUGUUGAGGCAUAUGGUGAAGAAAACAAAGGGGUUCUAGGGGGCGUCAAGGUGAAAAAUAUGAAGAGUGGAGAAGUUAAGGAUUUGAAGGUCUCGGGGCUGUUUUUUGCAAUAGGGCACGUGCCUGCGACUGCAUUUUUGAGGGGUCAAUUGGAGAUGGAUGGCGAGGGGUACGUAUUGACAAAGCCGGGGACGACACAGACAAGCAUAAGAGGAGUGUUUGCGGCUGGGGAUGUGCAAGAUAAGAAGUAUAGACAGGCAAUUACUGCUGCAGGGACUGGGUGCAUGGCAGCCCUGGAAGCUGAACACUACUUGCAAGAGAUAGGAGAGCUGGAGGGGAAGUAUGAUUGACUAUCUCCAGAUUCAAGAGAAGAACUAGAGAAUGGUCCAUUAAUGAAACCAAAAGCUAGGUUGUGAAAGAAAAUUAAGGAAAAUGUUAUGAGAAUCACAUCCUACCUACUGAAGUCUAAAAUUAUAUGGAAAUUUUCAUGUUGGUUAUGAUAUUUGGUUUCACCAUAUCUUAUUGAAUGUUGAUCGAUUGUUGAAGAAAUAGUGUUUAGAGAAUGAUUUAUAUGGAUUUAAGAGUUCAUUUGAGCUGAGAUAAUUUGGGAA